CCCAUCUUUGUCUGCUGUGUUUUGUUUGGAAAAACCACGUGGCAGCCGAAGAAAUGCCGAAGGAGAAUACAAAGGGAAAGAAAGAGAUCCACAAGGAUAAUCUUGAAACACUUGCUUUCUACCGAAACUUUGCUUUGAUUGGAACCGUGAUCCAAGUCGUUCAUCUGUGUCUCUUCUAUUUCCUCUCAUCGUCAUUCUCAACCUGGAACUAUGUAUUCCUAUUAUUCAGCCUGGCAGUGCAUGGAGCUGCUUAUAAAGGUCUAGAGAAGCUGGCCCAACCAUUCCUCGGGCCCAAUGGAGAGCUACUAGAGUGUGGGACUGACCUCAGCAAGUCUUACUUCUCAGAAUAUGCCAUUGAUGUGAUCAUUCUAACUACUGGUCUACAGGGACUCUCAGCUCUUAGCAACUACUUCUGGCUACUGUGGGCAGCAGCCCCUGCAUAUGUGGUGUAUAAGGUAUGGGUGACCUUCCUCUGGCCGUGGUUCACCUCAGGGCCUAGUGGAGAGGAGGAGUCAGGUAGUGGAGGAAAGAAAGAAGGAAAGAAGCCGAGACACAAGUACAGACAAGCUCGAUAACUAUAGAAACUCUUUAUAUUGAAUUUUAUUCCAGUUUUGUUUUGUGAAAAGCAAAUAUAUUUGUAUAAUUAAUGAAUUGUGAUACAUGUGUAUAAUUAUUAUUGUAAUUUUGCAAAAAUAAAAUCAAUGCUGAUG